AAGGAGUUGCCUGCAGCUCAUAUAAAUAGGCGGUCCUGGGUUUGUUUAAGCUGCAUUGCUUUUCUUUCUGCUUCAUAUCUUGAUACUCUCUCGUUAUAUUUGGCAAAUCAUCUCACCAUGUUUAAAGCCAAUGAUUCUGAGGAAUCUCCCUUCAGCCAGGUCAGGCCUAGCUCCAAAUAUUCAGCAGCCUCCGUGCAACCUUGUGAACCAGAUGUUGAUGACAAUAGUCAUGUUAACGGGGAAUAUGCCAAUGUCAACUGGGAUGAGCUCAGAUUUGAUCUAACUCCAACCGAUUACAUGUACAUUACGAAAUGCUCUAAAGAAGACAACUUCUCCCCAGGAACCCUCACUCCAUUAGGAAACAUGGAGAUGAGCCCUUCAUCAGGAAUUUUAAACUAUUCCCAGGGAGUAUUAGAAGGUAUGAAGGCGUACAGGACAGAAGAUGGGCGUAUUCUACUGUUUCGACCAGAAUUGAAUGCUCUACGGAUGAAGAUGGGCGCCCAAAGAUUGUGCAUGCCAUCGCCUACUGUAGAUCAAUUUCUUGAUGCUGUAAAGCAAACUGUCAAUGCUAAUAAGCGUUGGGUAGCUAAUACUUUCAACCCUGCUGAUUAUUUUUAUUUUCCAAUCUUUUUAUCAUUGAACUGUAAUAAAUUCAUCUCUGGAUAUGGUGAAAAGGUUCCUCCUCCAGGGAAAGGAUCAAUGUAUAUUAGGCCUUUGCUAAUAGGAAGUGGAUCAAUGCUGAACUUGGGGACGGCCAAUGAACAUACAUUUUUGACAUACGUUUCUCCCGUUGGCAAUUUUCACAAGGGGAUGGUAAAUUUGGUUGUUGCCGAAAAUGUUUAUCGGGCUACACCUGGUGGAACUGGAGGGAUAAAAGCCAUCUGCAACUAUGCAGCGAUUUAUAGAACAAUUUCAGAAGCAAAGGCCAAAGGCUUCUCUGAUGUGUUAUUCCUAGAUGUAGUAACAGGAAAAAGAAUUGAAGAGGCUUCUACCAGCAACAUCUUUAUAGUAAAGGGAAACAUCAUUUCAACUCCAGCAACACAGGGAACUAUUCUGCCGGGAAUUACUAGAAAAAGCAUCAUUGAAAUUGCUCGUGUUUUAGGUUACCAGGUUGAGGAACGUGACAUCCUGGUAGAGGAGCUGUUUGAUGCUGAAGAAGUUUUCUGCACAGGGACUGCAGUGGUUGUCAAUUUUGUUAACAGCAUAACCUAUCAGAGUAGAAGGGUUGAAUACAAGACAGGAGUGGAGACAGUAUCUCAAAAGCUGUAUGCUGCACUAACUGGAAUUCAAACUGGUAGAAUCGAGGACAAGAUGGGAUGGACUGUCCAACUAGAUUGAUUGAUUUUAUCUUCCUUAAACUGCAAUAUGCAAAAGUGUUAUUAGUGAGAAAAAAUUCACUCCUAUCGAAGCUGACAAGCAUAGUAAAAUUUUAACAACUUUUGCUUCAAGUAUGAAUCAUAAUUUUCUGCA